CUCAAGAAAUGGACGAAAUAAUUCAGGCUUUUGUCCAAAAAUGCGAAGAAACACUAAAAAUGGACGCAGAACGCAAAUCGAUUUUUGAGGACUCCGAAUUCCCUUCCCUUCAAGCGGUGAAAGACUUGAAACAGCAACCAAUCGAGCACAUGCAACGCCCUGUAUUCAAUGGCGGUGCCGACAUAAAAGACCUGUUCCCAGAGGUACGAGUCAUAAAUGGCCGUAUUGAAGUGCGUCUAACCAACCUUGGCUUUUACAGUUCCCCUUCCGAAAGAGCUAAACGAAUCAUGAUUUCCUCAGAGCAACAGGAUUUUCUUGAUCCCUCUGUCUUAAUGCAGCUGAUUGCAGAUGAACCCGAGAAAUACAUUGUCUGCAAUCUUCGUCUUAGUCCCGAAAAGUCGCAUGUGGGCUAUGCAGAAGUAGAAGAUACCAAAACACCAUCUAUUUAUAUCAAAGGAAAGCUCCGUCAAGCAUUCGAUAGAGACAAAGUUGUUAUAGAACUAGCUGAGAGAAAAACCCGUUCAAAGGCCGAUGAAAAUGAGCCAGCAGUCCAAGGAAGAGUUGUUGGUGUACUUGAACACAUAAUAAGUCCACACGAACGUCAGUAUGUAUGUACAACAGAUUACGCACAUCCUUGGGUGAUGGUACCCAUCAACAAAGCAGCCACUAAACUGGUCAAUCUUACAGACAAGACUUGUAGGGAUAUUCCAAUGUACAAAAAGGAUCACAACGGAAGAGCUAUCAAAGUAAGAAUGUUUAAAAGCGAGAAAGUCCUCAGUGGGAAGUACCUCUUUGUUGUAAAAUACCUUCAGUGGAGAAGAGACUUCUGCAACCCUCUUGGUAUCGUUGUGCGACCACUAUCGAAAGGACACGACUUGAAAAGUAGCAUGGAGAUUGCGUACGCUGAGCACGGAGUAAGACGAGAAUUUAAAGAACAGACUUUAAAGUAUGUAGAUGACAACUUUCCUCCAGGAUGGUAUAUUCCUGAAGUAGAACGCAAUGAUCGCACCCAGGUUUUUGAUGCAAUCACCAUUGAUCCUCCCACAUCCCUGGACCUUGACGAUGCCUUGACGAUAGAGAAUGUGUCACCCUCAACGUUCUUCUUAGGGAUACAUAUUUCCGAUGUCAGUUUCUUUGUUAGACCAAACACUCCAUUAGAUGAUGAAGCGUUCUCACGUUGCACCUCAUACUACCCCGCCAACGGACAUGAUAAUGUUCCUAUGCUUCCGCGCCAACUUAGUGAGAAUUUUUGCAGCCUUCUCCCCAAUGAGGACCGUCUAGCAGUAUCGGUAUUCGUGACCAUAAACGAAGAAGGAAAACUAGUCGGCGAGCCACAGAUAAAACGCACAGUUGUUCGAUCCUGUUGUCGGUUGAGUUAUACUGAGGCACAGAUAAUCAUUGACGAAAAAGAUACGGGCACAUCAGGAAUUUCAGAGGACAUAAAGGGGAAGGUCAGGCAGCUAAGUUCCUUGGCCCAAAAGAGAAGAUUUCAUCGCCUCCGAGAUCGAGCAUAUGAUCACUGGCAAAACGAGGGAAAUGACUUUGAGGCCCAUGAGCUAGUAGAAGAAUGGAUGGUUCUUGCAAAUGAAGAAAUGGCCAAAAUGUUGUCACGAAGGAACUCUGAAUUAACACUUCUGAAGAUACAACUGCCACCAAAAGAUCACAGACUAGCCGAAUGGAUUCAAAUGUACGGCAAGUAUACGAGAAUGUCACUUACGCUAUCUGCAACGUUAAAGAAUGAUACAACAAACGCUACACUAUUAGAAGCUUUUCAUGAUGAAAGCAUCAAGUUCAAAAUCCAGAGGCAAGUUUGGUGUGCAAUAUGUCAAGCAGUCGAGUCAAACGACUUGCCCACACUUCAAUACCUGAUUUGCAACGAGAGCCACCAUCCACAAAUUGCCACAGCUGUUUCACAGUUUCGACGUAUGCAGGCUGAAUCUCGAUGUGUCUGUGAAGGAGAGCAACCACCCGAGAAUAUUUACCACUACUCUCUCGGAAUACCUCGAUACACACAAUUUACGUCGCCAAUAAGGCGGUAUAUUGAUAUCGUGGUGCAUCGGCUACUAAUUGGUCUCGUAUUGACGCCUUCCAGCAGCUACGAAGUUAAUCUCCCCAAUAAAGAUGAUAUCAUAAAGGUGUGUCGACGUUAUACAUACAUGCAAGACAACGCACGGAAAUUUGAAAAGUAUUGCAGGAGGAUCCACAUGGCGACUCAGCUUCAACAACGGUGUCGUGAAACACAAGUUUUCAUUGAAGCUAUUCAGCAUCAGUCAAUGUGUCUCCAAAUCUUACACAAAGAAGAUGAUCUCUUGGCAAGCAAGGACAAAAGAAUAGCCCUCAGUCACCUUAAUUUACUGACCGUGGAGGAAAAAAAAGAAGCUAAAGGUGAAGAGCAAUCGAUAGUUCUCAAGUGGAAAAUCAGAAAGUAUGUGGCGCCAGAUUUCAAGAGAGACACCACAGAUUUAUCCAUUUCUAAAUACGGAGGCAUUGGCGAAGCGAUUGAAAUUCCUUCUGAUAUUUGGGUGUCUCUGUUAGAUAUGGUUCGAGCUAACGAUGAGGAGAAGCUAAUAGGUACAAUCAAGGAAGUAAAAGAAAAGCUAGGCGGCAUGCCUUCCAAUCGUGGAAAGGACACCUCAGCUCAAAGAAAGUCAUCUGGCCAGGUACAUGGAAUCCAUUACAAGCAUCCUCAUCACAAUGAAGGGGCACAGCCGUCAUCUGAGGGGACAGUAGACCAUUUUUACGAGAAGAAAGUCACACUCAGAAAAUACGAUUUCCUGUCUGUGCAGCUCUGUCCUCACAUGAUACGAGGAAUCAUCCAACCUGAUGUCCAGUUAUUUAAGGUAGAUUCUUACCUCAAUAUCUGUAUUGAACACCGUAAGCAUCCAAGGGAGUCAUUUUCGCACACAGCUCGACACCAAGCAUCAAGGGGACGGUAUGAAAGCAUCGAAGAGUACAUAGAGGCUUGGAAACCAGUUCUUGCAAUGGAGGCGGCGACGGAAGCGAUAAAGGAGAAUGAUAGUUUCACCAUUGAAAACCUUAACGUGCUUUGGAAACGUAAGGCUGAUAGUACAAGGGGAGAGUUUGAACUUCCUUCAAGCUACUGUGAUAGUCGACAGCUACAUUUCUAUGGGGGAGAUCUUGCAUGUAUCCGUAUGUCUUACUGCGAAACGUCACUUCCUUCAGGGGAAAGUGAAAGCCACGGAAAGUCCUCCAAAGAGAGUCUACAUUCUGAUUCAAGUGGCAGUGCAAGUGCAAAUGACUUUUGGGUGGCACAUUGUAUUAUUAGGAGUGUAAACUUUAUUAAAGAAAAACGGAUUGUAAAAGUUAAAAUGUACCUUCAUCAAUCGGCAUCAACCAUGCCAGAGGGAGUUUCCAAUGAAGAAAGCCACAGAUGUACUUUAGAACUCAUCCACAGAACACUUCCUCAAAGGCGAAUGUAUGCAGCGCUAGGCAGUUUGGAACACUCAUCUGAGCUUGUUCAUGCCAUUUGCAGAGGAGAAGAGCCAUCAAAAGAAAAUCAUGGCGAACUCCCCACGAGCCUGUUUUUGACACAGUUUGGUUUUAAGAGGUUGAAUACAUAUCAACAGGCCGCGGUCAAACAAGCACUCUGUCAUCCAUUCACGCUUAUACAGGGUCCACCAGGUACUGGGAAAACCGUAACAGGAGCACACAUCGCCUACUGGUUCGCAGAACAAAACAAGACGAAAAAGUCUUACAAGCUGUUGAAAAAACAGACAGAUGGAACUGAAUGCGAUGGAGUACACAAAUCACCACCUCAAGUUAUUUAUUGUGGACCAUCUAACAAGUCUGUGGACGUGGUUACAGAGCUCCUUUUGAAAAUACCAGAUUUGAAAGUUCUCAGGGUUUAUAGUGAUCAGAUUGAGCAGAAAGAGUUCCCAAUCCCAAACAAGUUGAAGCCAGCUCGAGAAACGAGGAGUGAUGACGAACUAAAAGUUUCCAGUGACCAAAUAAAGUCUGUAUCCCUUCACCACGUGAUCAGAGGUCCUGAAUGCCCUUAUUCAGAGAAGCUAAGGAAAUAUGAAGAGGGAUUUGCCCAUUGUAAAGCGAUGAAGGAAACGAUAGGCCAAGAGGAAGUCUCCAACUACUGCAAGAUCAUUGGACUGGCCGAAAAGUGGGCGCUUCAAGAGUCUCGAGUUCAAAUCAUUUUAUGUACUUGCGUAGCUUCGGGAAGUCCUAGGAUAGUCUCUUCUUGCGACAACAUCCAGCAAUGCAUUGUCGAUGAAUGUGGCAUGUGCAUGGAGCCUGAAUCACUCGUGCCUAUCACGUGCUCUAGAGCAAAACAAGUGGUUCUGAUCGGUGAUCACAAACAACUGCAACCUGUAGUACAAGACCAUGUUGCAAAGACACUUGGCUUGGGUGUGUCAAUGUUUGAGAGGCACUCUAAACGAGCUAUGAUGCUAGAACUUCAGUACAGAAUGCACGUUGGAAUUCGUGAAUUUCCAUCGAGACAAUUUUAUAAUGGAAAGCUACGUACUGCUGACGUGGUGAAGUCACGUGCUCCUAGUCCAGUUUCCUUUUGGCCCGCGCAAGUGCGCCGCCAAAGGAAACUACCAAUUGUGUUCUGUCACGUAGAAGGGCAAGAGGAGUCUGCUGCCAUAGCAACCUCAGAGAGCAACGAGGAGUCUAAGAGAAAUAUGAAAGAAGUUCAUAAAGCGGUUCAAAUAGCAAAACAUCUUGUUAACCGUUACGUGGCCCACGUGCAGAAGUCAGAUGUGGUUAUUCUGUCACCUUACAGAGAGCAGCGAAGCAAAAUCAGUGAACUCUUAAAGGGAGCGUAUGAGGAUAUCAAAGUUACAACAAUCACUAAAAGCCAAGGGACUGAAUGGGAUUACGUCGUUAUAUCUUUGGUUCGAUCGGUGAAGCGUGACGAAAUAGAUCCCGAGCCUUCCCUUUCUUGGCUUCGUGAACAUCUGGGUUUCUUGACUGAUGAGCAUCAGAUGAACGUGGGGCUCACUCGAGCACGUAGAGGACUCUGCAUUAUAGGAAACAAGUAUCUUCUGGAAUUGGAUCCUGCGUGGAAAAGAUUGUUACAGCACUACGAAGAUAAUGGCUGUCUUGUGAACGAGGAUUGGCCUUGGUCAUAACUGGGUGAACUUCGAGUCACAGAUUUUUUUUUUUAUUUGAAUUGAAAUGAAAUUUAAGUCGGGAGAGAAUUUUUACUCACGAAGCCAAGCCUUGACCAUUUUUUAUAUCAUCUUCCAGAGAUGCUAGUUUGAUUUGAGCACACGUUUUGUAGGUCAGGAGUAAAAAGAAAGGAAUUGAAAGGAUUACGGGGGACUUGGUGAGAGUGAGAGGAUAUUCGCAUUUCUCUUUCAAGCCAAGUUCUUUAUCUUUUUUUAGUUUAUUUUUUCAAAAAGCUAAUAUCAGGUUCUUAAAAGGAGUGUAAAAACAACCUAAGAAGGAUAAUUUUAUUCUCCAUUUAUCGCUUUAAAAUUGAGCAUCUAGUUUAUCCAUUAAUAAGAAUAGGCAUAAUUGCUUCAAAUCACAGGAGCAGAACUGGAUUUUCUCUCCAGGAAUAUAAGAUUGACAAUAAUUUUUCUGUAAUAAAACACCAGUGGAGAAGACAAAAUCUGGGAGCAUUAUGCCCAGUUCAGACGCCGUACUUCAGCCGUGCCGAAUCGAAUUCAACUUUAGGCCGACCUAAAUUAGUUAAUCCUGGCUGAAUUGAUUCAGACGCCGAACUUAUUUCGGCCAAAAUUAAUUAACUGAAGUAAAUUUGUGGCCGGGGCCGGCGCAGUGUUAUAAAAAACUGACGAGAGUUAUUUGAAUGGCAUGGUCGUUGUAAGGAAGUUUUAAGUAUUUUAUUUGGUCACUUCUCUAAAGAAGUACCUAAAUAAAGUGCGGCAGUUGAUAAGUAAGUGUUUCGGCGCGACCAAACAUAUUUCCUUGAAAUGUGAAAUUCCCAUAUGCAAUAAAUGUUCAAUUUUUGGAGAAAACAAAGAUUACCAUGCUGUCGCUUUUUUCGUUAUACGAUACACAAAAGAGGCGGGAAAGGACGUUGCUGAUGCAGAGGACAACGACAUCAUGACCAAAGAACCAACAGAGCGAAGAAUCAGUCAGUUCGAAAGACGUAGAAUAGGGCGCCCAUUCAAUAUCUGUCAGCAUCAUUUCACUCAGCCCGCCAAGCCGCCAUUUUUCCUCUGCAACACUCCUUUACGCGUGCUCAUAUGUAAAAACCACCAAUACAUUAUACUAAUUUCAAUAAUUUAUGCAUUUGAUUCGGCUCAUGUGGAGUACGGCGUCUGAAUCAAGGCCGGUCUACAGCCGUUCUUCCCGGCUGAGUCAGGCGGGAUUAAUUGACCGAGCCGAUCUAAAUUAAAUUAGCCGUUCCCAAUUGAUUCAGACGCCGUGCUUCACAUGAACUUAAUACGUUGAAUUCGAUUCGGCUCGGCUGAAGUACGGCGUCUGAACCGGGCCUUAGUAUUUUUUAAAUCACCGAGGGAAAUCAUCAUGCACACGGUUGAUAUGUGAUACGAGUUUUCACUUACCUACUGCAUUCCUUAUACAUAUGUAUGCUGUUUUUCCAAAGCAUUCUCUCCUUAUUACCACAGGAACUCGGGCAGUCAAAAGUGUCUCAUGAUUCAUCAAAUGACCUCAGUCUAUCAUAAAAGAUCAUGAUUAGUACAAGAAACUUUCUCUGGCAUAACAAUCACGAUUGACAGGAACACGAAUCUCAGUUAUAAGGGUCUGAAUGGGGUGAUGGCUUUUACGGCGAACAGUUAAAACUUUGAACAAGUUACAUACCUCCUCCCUAUGAAAGGAAAGGGUUUAGUUAUGUAGAUGAUAUGGUAAUGAGUGAUAGAGUCCUCCAUCGAAUUCGUGCUCCUAGCUUUAAGGUGGUGAUUGCAUUUGACAACGCACCACCCACCGCAUGUAUCGUUUUCUGGAAGGCGUGAUCUAGAUGGACACAAUUUAACCUUUUUCUAUGGCGAACACACCGUUUAACUAGUUUCAGUGAAGUAAUUCAGUUAAAAAGUAUUUGAUUACAGUACAAAGCCAUUUUGAAUAAACUUGAAGUUUACUAAAGAACAGUAAAAUCUUUUGUUGCAAAUAUUCAAAGAAUAGUGUGACGUUCGUCACGAAUCAAUUCUUAUUUAACGUGUGUUCAACGCAGUCGUUCACAGUGAGGCUAAUUAAUGCAGAAAGUCUUCCCACAAAAUAUAAAUAUAAGAUUUAUAUUUAUUCAGUACCAAUAAGUGUUUUAAGUAUCGUAACAGGUAAAUUCCCAGAGAAAUAAAACGGGGAGACAUGAUAAGAACUACAAUGUGAAUAGCAGCAUUUGCUUCAAAGAGAUUAAAGUGGCGCUAGAAUAUUUUCCGCA